AUGAACAUCUCGUGGUCAUCUGAGGAUGGGGACACCGAGCCAAUAUGGCAAUCACGCAUCAACUCAUCUUACGAGUACAACGAUAGCUUUCCCAUCUACGAGGAUAUCGAUGAACUCUACGAUGUUCCCACUGGAAUAAUAUUUCUCCUGAGCGUCUGCUACGGGAGCAUCUCGGUGCUCGCUGUAGCGGGUAAUUCCCUAGUGAUGUGGAUCGUCGCUACAUCGAGGAGAAUGCAGAGUGUUACCAACUGUUUUAUCGCUAAUCUGGCCCUUGCCGACAUUGUCAUUGGACUAUUUGCUAUUCCAUUCCAGUUCCAAGCGGCACUACUCCAACGAUGGAACUUACCGUACUUCAUGUGCGCCUUUUGUCCAUUUGUACAAGUACUCUGUGUCAACGUUUCCGUCUUCACUCUCACGGCAAUAGCGGUGGAUCGUCACCGGGCUAUUCUCAAGCCCUUAAGUGCGAGACCCAGCAAACUCCGUGCAAAAAUCAUCAUCGCUGGUAUUUGGAUGGUGAGUGGUGCUCUCGCUGCACCGAUGGCCGCUGCCCUCCGGGUUGUGCUCGUCCCGGAGAGCUCCGCUGGCGGUCGUUUUCACUUGAAGCCAUUCUGUCAGAACGUAAAUAUGUCAGAGAGAUCAAUGCUGACGUAUCGUGCACUCCUCGGUUUCCUCCAGUAUUUAACGCCGCUGACUAUAAUCUCCUGUGUUUACGCGCGAAUGGCAUUAAAACUCUGGGGAAGCAGAGCACCAGGCAAUGCCCAAGACUCUCGAGACGCUAAUCUCAUGAAAAAUAAAAAGAAGGUAAUUAAAAUGCUGGUCAUAGUAGUUGCAUUGUUCGCGGUCUGCUGGCUACCUCUGCAGACGUACAACGUGCUUCAGUACACUUACGCACAGAUUAAUGAGUACAGGUACAUUAACAUUAUAUGGUUCUGCUGCGACUGGCUAGCCAUGUCGAACAGUUGCUACAAUCCAUUCAUCUAUGGAAUUUACAACGAGAAAUUUAAGAGGGAAUUUCAACAGCGGUGCCCAUUUAGAUCCAGAAAAUGGUCCGCCAGUCCUCCCACCGAGAGCCUGGAUAUGGAUAAAACGCAGACAACGAGGGCGUCGUUUAGAUACGACUGGCGCAGGCCAACAUCCGGCUACCAGUCCAGCAGUUCGUUCUACCGUGGGGUCUCCCUUCGCGAUCCCUCCCGAGUCUCCAUCAACAGUUUCGACAAUGACUCACGGUCACUGAAAUCCGGCUGCUGCAUCCGCAACGGCAACAAUAAUCGCACCAGCACGCACAGAUCAACGAACAGGAACAAUGAUAUUAACACCGCUGAAUUAUAUGUUUUCUCAUCUGGUCGGCAUAAACAUACCCGCGAUCUUGGUGAACACCAGGAAUUGUGUCUGUGAUGAAAUUAAAUCCACGUGUAAUGGUCAACACUGAACACGAGACAGGGUGGACCGAAUUUACGGAUUGCAAAUCAGUAG